AUGUGGCAUCAUUUCUACCGCCAGAGGGACUGGAUGCGGAAGUGGCCCCAGACCCUGGCCGAUGACCGAGGGGCUCUGGGUCGUCCUGAGGCAAAAGCCCUUGAGCUUCCCGAGUCGCGGGCCAUUGGUGAGAAGCACAUCUCACAGGCACGGACCCUCCCGGUUGUCACCCUUUGCAGGCUCAUUUCCUUUGACACCUCAUUUCGUUCCACCGCUGCCCGGCAGGCAGAGCAGCAGCCUGUCUUCUUCAUAGUCUUGGGGGCCAAGCAGGCCAACCUCCUCGGGCGCAGGGCCGCUGACAUGGGGGCCCUUCGGAUGCUGUUCCUGUUCCUGCUGCUUCGGGCAGAUGAGAGACUGCAGUCCCGGGACAAGAGAGUAAAACCCGGAGGGGGACGACCCAGACGGAAGCCAGCCCCUGGCAGGUGCUCAAGUCAGGCACAGCGGAAAGCUAGAGCCAGACAGGUGGCUGGGGGCGAGGCUGAGUGCCUGGCCUGGAAGCCGCACGGUCCGGGGGCCGUGUGCACGCGCCACAGCCCCGCUGCCAGGCUCGGCGGCCCUGAGACACCGGCGGGGCCUUUGCCUCCUUCUCCUCCUUUCCCUGCAGCCGACGGGGAUUCUGGAGAUGGUGUGGAGGCCGAGGAAGUAGUCGCUGCACUUCAGGAGUCCGUCAGCCUUCCCCUGGAGGUACCAUUCAAUGACAAGGUCGAGGACGUCAUCUGGUCCUCUCGCAUAAGGCUUGCCACGGUGGUUCCAGGGAGAGAGGGACAGCCGGCUACCAUCACGGUGACCAACGCUCGAUACGCGGGCAGAGUGAGCUUCCCGGACCCCAGCUACUCCCUGCUCACCAGCAAUCUGAGCUGGGGGGACUCAGGGCCUUACAAGGCUCAGGUCAACCUGAGGACGUCCCAGAUCUCCGCCAGGCAGCGUUACAGUCUCCGUGUCUACCGUGAGUCAAGGCUGGGAAUUCUAAAGCUGCUUUUUGGGGCUCUCCUGGGCUUUGCACGCAGAGGAGUAGUGGUCUCAGGACUCAGGGCUGUGGUUUGAGGGGCUGGGACCGGAAGGCAGAGUGUCUCCGGUGUGCCCAACCCCAGGAUCUGAGCUGCAGCCACCGAUGCAGUGAGGCCCUGGGCCCUAAGGCUGUUCCCCUGGACCAUCCCAACAUGGUGAGAGGGGCAGGUGCCCCAGACCUUGCGGGGGGGGGGGUCUCUCCCUCCCACCGAGAUUCCGCCUCCUGGCAUUGGAUGCCGCCUCUAGUCCCGAGCUUUUUAUCCUUCUGUGUGAUGUGAGGGCUACUAACCAACGUCUCCUCUCUACCUGGACCAAGUCUCUUAGUGCCUGUGACAUUGACUGAUGUUCUACCUCGAAUCUUGCAGAGACGCUGA